CCUGUUUUACCCAAGUUAGAUCUAGGGGCCUGUGGAAACAUGAAGAGGGUAAAUAGCUGUGUCAAGAGUGAUGAGCAUGUCCUGGAGGAGCUGGAAACAGAAGGGGAGAGGCAGCUGAAAAGCCUCCUUCAGCAUCAACUGGAUACCUCUGUCUCCAUUGAGGAAUGUGUAUCUAAGAAAGAGAGCUUUGCUCCUGGUACUAUGUAUAAGCCCUUUGGGAAGGAAGCAGCUGGGACUAUGACUUUGUCCCAGUUCCAGACACUGCAUGAGAAGGACCAGGAGACUGCUUCUCUCAGGGAACUGGGGCUUAAUGAAACAGAAAUCUUGAUUUGGAAGAGCCAUGUUUCAGGUGAAAAGAGAGCGAGACUUAGGGCAACCCCUGAAGCAAUACAGAACCGUCUUCAAGAUAUUGAGGAAAGGAUCUCAGAGCGUCAGCGCAUCCUUUGCCUGCCACAGAGAUUUGCAAAGAGCAAACAGCUGACCCGGCGAGAAAUGGAAAUAGAAAAUUCUUUAUUUCAGGGAGCUGAUCGUCACUCUUUCCUCAAGGCUCUCUAUUACCAAGAUGAACCCCAAAAGAAGAACAAAGGUGAUCCCAUGAACAAGCUGGAAAGUUUUUACCAAGAGAUGAUAAUGAAAAAGCGUCUUGAAGAGUUCCAACUAAUGAGAGGUGAACCCUUUGCUUCCCACUCACUGGUCUCAGCUACAUCAGUGGGAGAUAGUGGCACAGCUGAGAACCCGUCAUUACUCCAGGACAAGGGAAAACAGGCAGCACAGGGUAAAGGUCCCAGUCUCCAUGUGGCAAAAGUUAUUGAUAAUUCACCUGAGCAGUGUUGGACUGGGCCUAAGAAGCUGACGCAGCCAAUAGAAUUUGUCCCAGAAGAUGAGAUCCAGAGAAAUCGUUUGUCAGAGGAAGAGAUCCGAAAAAUUCCUAUGUUUUCUUCAUAUAAUCCAGGGGAGCCAAACAAGGUGUUAUACCUGAAGAACCUUAGCCCUCGGGUGACUGAAAGAGAUCUAGUCUCAUUAUUCGCUCGGUUCCAGGAAAAGAAAGGACCUCCAAUUCAAUUCCGAAUGAUGACUGGACGAAUGAGGGGACAGGCUUUUAUCACUUUUCCCAAUACAGAAAUAGCACGGCAAGCAUUGCAUCUAGUAAAUGGAUAUAAGCUACGUGGGAAAAUAUUGGUGAUAGAAUUUGGAAAGAACAAAAAGCAACCGCCGGAUCUCCAGGCUGCUUCCCUAAUAUCAUCUACUACAGAUAAUACUACUGAAAUCAGUGGCAGUUAGAAGAUACAAAAACUGUGAGUCCCAGGAGGUCUUUUUUACAUCAGAAUUUAGGAUCUAGGGUUUGUGUAUAGAUAGCAGUUUGUUUGGAAUUGAAGAAGAGAAACUGAGGGAGAGAAAGCAAAAUUAAGACAAUCCCUUUCAGCUUUUGGAAAGCAUUGGCAGAAUACAUUUUCUAUAAUCAAAGAUUAUCUAGGAUAGACAAUAUAAUAUAGAGUAUAGAGGGUUGGGUAUAAAGAGUAUCAUUUUCUCAGGAUAAAUUACAGUAGAUUACUUCCAAGGAUUUUUAAAAUCAUUGUAAUUUAUAUGAGGUCUUAUAUAUUUGUCCCUAGAGAUGACAUUCUUUCUAAGACUGCCUCCUAUAUAUAUAUAUAUAUAUUAUAUAUACAUAUAUAAUAUAUAUAUAUAUAAAACUUUAAAAAAACUAAUUAAAUAUCUAGAGCCCACUUGUCCCUAAUUUUAUUCACCUAGUAAAUAAGUGACCAGGGGCCUAAACAUUGGCAAAUGCUGUUGAAUUAGACCUUCUGCAGUAACAGUAGGUAGUGUCCAUAGGUUAGUCAGCAAAUACUUAAUGCACACUUCCCUAUUAAGUUAUCAGUAUCUUCAAAAAGCUAUUCAUUUUUUCUAAUGGAAGAAUUUAGAUAAAAACAUUAAUGUUCUCACAAUUAUUUACACUAGCUACCAUUGAAUAAUGAUUGAAUUCAAAGCAAUAAGCAUUGAAUCAUUGUCAGUACAUGUUAGGGAUUAAAUAUAUGAAUUUUAGAAGAGGAACAUACUAGCAAAGAAUACCAAAGGAGGGUAGAAAGAAAGAGCUUUCUAGAAGAGAGGCAGCCAGCCCCAAGUCCCCCAGUUGUUUGUUUAUAGUUGCUGGAGAAUAGAAAAAUGACAUGAUAUAGAGGAAGUAGUAUAAACUUUGAAAUCAGACCUGUUUGAACUCCACAGCCAUAUUUAACCACUCUAUGACUUUGGCAAGUCAUUAAUCUGAGCCUCAAUUUUUUUCAUCUAUAAAAAUGAGGAUAGUAAUAUUACUUCAUUGGGUUGUGAUGAUUAAAUGUGAUCGUAUCCAGGAUGAAGAUCAGAAAGAAAAAAGAAUGAAAACAUAACAGAGUAUACAACCAUUAAGCACUCUUAUGUACUUAUAAUGGGAAUAUCAGAGAAAGAAAGGAGCAGAAAAAAAUAUUCCAAUAAAUAAUGGCUGUAAACACCUCAAAUUUGAUAAGAAACAUUAUCUACACAUCCAAGAGAUCUCAAUGAAUCGCAAGUAAAAUAAACAAGAAAUCCACAAACACACCACAAUAAGAAUGCUAAAACCCAAAGAUGAAACUUUUGAAAGCAAAAUGAGAUAGAUGAAGCAUCAUUUACAAGGAAACUUCAAUAACAGAUGACUUCUCAUCAGAAACAAAGGAGGUGGCAGUGGGAAAACUUACUCAAAGUGAUGAAAUGAAAAAGAACUAUCAACAUAGAUUCCAUAUUCAAUAAAACUAUUUUUCAAGAAUGAAGAUGAAAUAAAGACAUUCCCACACAGUCAAAAACUGGGAGAAUAUGUUGCUGUCAGACCUGACUAACAGGGAAUAUCAAAGGAAGUUCUUCAGGUAGAAAGCAGGUGACCUCAGACAGUAAUUUGAAUCUACACAUACAAAAAAUUAGCACUGGUAAAGGUAAUUGUGUAAUUAUAAAAGAUAGUCAAAAUACAUUUUUCUUUCUUAAUUGAUUUUAAAAGCUAUUUUAUCAAGCAAUAUAUAUGUAAUUGCAUUAUUAGAUCUAUUACAUAUAAAACUAGUAUAUUUACCAAUAGCAAGACAAAGGUAGAAACAAAGCUGUAUUGAAUUAAUGACUCCAGGUGGUAACUCAAAUCCAGAGGAACAAAUGAAAGAAACAAGAAAUAGGCAAUAAGAAGGUUAAUAUAAAAAAUCUAUAAAUAAUAUGCUUGCUCUUUCUUCUGUCAGCUUCUUUAAAAGCCAUAAAAUUAUACUAAGUAAUAAUUAUAAUGACAUAUUACUGGGUUUAUAUCAUGUAGAGAUAACACUACUAACAAUAAUAUCAUGCAAAAUGAGAAAAGGAAUAGGUUUACAUAGGAAUAAGGUUUUUAUAUCUCAUUGGAAUUUAGUUAGUAUAUAGCUAAAGCCAGUUAAGAUGUGUAUGGUAAACCCUAGAGCAACCACUAACAAAAUAGCUAAAAAUAUUUAGUAAAAAUAUUAAAUACACUUAAAUGUCUUAUUAGAAAAUGUCUAAUGCAAAAGAAAGUAAAAAGGAAUGGAGAAAUAAAAACUUGAGACAUAAGUAUGAAUGGAUUAAACAAUCUAGUCAAAAGGCAGAGAUCAUCAAAUGGGAAAAACAAACAAGACUUACCUCUAUGCUAUUUAUUGUAGUCACAGUUUAGAUUCAAAGAUACAGAUUGAAGGUUAAAGGAUAGAAAUACAGGCAAAUGGCAAUUAUAAGAAAGCUGGAGUGGCUAUACUAUUAUCUAAAGUCUAUUUAAAAUGAGCUUUAAAGCAAAAAAAUUGUUGUAGAUAGUGACAUCUAUUAUAAACACAUAUGCAUCCAACAACAGAGUACCAAAAUACAUGAAUCAAAAGCUGAAAUGAAUGGAGAAAUAUAAAAGUAUACAACAAAAAGUGGGGGAUUAAGUAUCCCAUUUUCAUUAAUAACUAGACAGAAUUAUGAACAAAGGAAUAGAAGACUUGAAUAAUGCUAUAAAUCAACUAGACCUUAAAGAUACUUAUAGAACACUUCACCUAACAAGAGCAGAACACACAUUCUUCUCAAAUACACAUGAAACAUCUCCAGGAUGGGCCAUAUCACAUUUUGUUGUUGUUGUUCAGUCACUCAUUCUUGCCCAACUCUUUGCAACCCCAUGGACUGUAACACACCAGACAUCCCUGUCUUUCCCUGU